GUCACGUCCAGACGACAUUCACAGAAAAUUUGCAUCUUGACUGACCUGGAAAGUAGGCAAUCUGGCAUGUCAAAAUACAGAUGAAAUAGUUUGGACCCCUGAAACUGACCCCUAAGUACGGAAAUGGACAAAAGCCCCGCCACACCCGGCGAGGCCGCCGUGCUCGAUCUAAGCAAAUACCCCGCGGCGGAUAAAUUCGUAGCAAGAUGCUGCGAAUUCUUUGAGGAGGUCGAAGAUUUGACACCAGGCAAGGACCUCGAGACUCGUCUAAACAAAGAUUACGGCCCAGGCAACCCAUACUACGAAGACUUCUGCCGCUAUAUCAAACAAGGCCUCGAUGAAGGCUGGGUCGCCGAAACCGAACUGAAGGGCCGCAUGUACCGUCGGGGUAAGAUCGCGCUGCCAAGCCCACGGACGCGCUUCUUCAGUAUCACGACAGUGUUCAUGAAUAGCCAGGAGGAGUUCGCGGGGCAAUAUCACCAGCAUCCCUAUGGCGAGAUCAACUGUGUGGUGCAGAUUGACAAGACGGCCGAGUUGGAGGGCAUGAAUGGCUGGCAGGGCGCUGGAUGGACGUCUCCGGGGCCGGGUACCCACCAUUACCCCAGAGUUAGGGGAGGCGCGUUGGUGGCGCUGUUUUUCUUGCCUGCUGGGAGGAUAUCGUAUAAGGCUACCCCUGGUCUGCCACAGCCUGCAUCUGUAUAGAUGCAUGCUAUUCUCACUCUUUGAAAAUAAAGAUUAAUAAUUACGCAC